AUGCUCAGAUCACAGAUUGGCCGACUGGCUCUGCGACCGACGCUGGUCCCCGCCACUGUCAUCCCCCAGACCCGAGCAUACUCCGCUCCCGCUGGAACCCCCCGAGUGUCGUCCUCCUCCAUGCCCACCGACUUCCCUCUCCCCUCACAGCAGAAGCCCAACAGCGCCGUCGACUACACCCUGACCACUCUGGAUGCCGUGGCCAACUGGGCUCGACAGGGCUCUUUCUGGCCCGUGACCUUCGGUCUGGCGUGCUGUGCCGUCGAAAUGAUGCACGUGUCUGCCCCCCGGUACGAUCAGGAUCGUCUGGGUAUCAUUUUCCGAGCCUCCCCUCGACAGUCCGAUAUCAUGAUUGUGGCCGGAACCCUCACAAACAAAAUGGCCCCCGUGCUGCGUCAGGUGUACGACCAGAUGCCCGAGCCCCGAUGGGUCAUCUCCAUGGGCUCCUGCGCUAACGGUGGUGGAUACUACCACUUCUCCUACUCGGUGGUGCGAGGCUGCGACCGAAUCGUGCCUGUGCGACGUCUACGUUCCCGGAUGUCCCCCCACCUCCGAGGCCCUCAUGUACGGCGUCUUCCAGCUCCAGCGAAAGAUGCGAAACACAAAGAUUACCCGAAUGUGGUACCGAAAGUAAGCAUAAUAAACGUUUAG